AUGAGCGUCAUCGUCGCCGAAGCCGAGAAGCGCACGCAGACAUAUCUGCCAAAGAUCGAGAAUGGCCGGACGCUGACAGCCACGUCGCUGGCCGCGCUCAGCAAGGAGUUGCCAGCCUUCAAGCAGAUCACGGGCAAAGUACGCGACGUGUAUGUGUUCGAGGACCGCGUGCUGUUGGUGUCCACUGACCGCCAGUCGGCCUUUGACCGCGCAUUGGCUUCAGUGCCCUUUAAGAGUCGCGUGCUGACGCUCACGAGCGUCUGGUGGUUCAACCAGACCAAGCAUAUUGUGGCCAACCACCUGCUUGGUGUGCCACACCCGUCCGCCAUGCUCUGCAAGAAAUGCACAGUCUUCCCUGUGGAAUUUGUGGUGCGUGGCUACAUCACGGGCUCCACGAGCACGAGCAUGUGGACCAACUACAAGAAACGGUAG